AUUUCACUACCUUUUUCUGUGGGUUCAAACUAAGAAGACCACACCAGCUGCUAUCGCAUUCGCGUCGACGUUAAAGCCACCCAGUUAAUCAGACCGGAACUGUAAACUAUUUGCAUUAAUCCCGACCAUCUUUGUUCCCCCUUAAUGCAUUGAUAGUUUGUUUGAACAAAUGCAUUGUGGGAAGUAGACAUUUCUGACGUACUCAUCUCUAUUUUCUUAACAGUACUGACUGGUGACAGCAUAGUUAGCUAACACUAUGUUAAAAUGCCUGCAAUACUGGUGACUAUAUAGCUAGCUAGGAUAUAUGUGUUUUAUUUUGGGAAGUCGCAUCGUGUAAAUUAUGGACGGAGACGGGGCCAGCAGUACCGGGGCCACUCCCUCUGAGGAGAUUAAUGGCCCUGGGAACCUGAUGGACUUCCUGGAUGAGCCCUUCCCUGAUGUGAGCACCUAUGAGGACUUCCAUACUAUUGACUGGCUCCGGGAAAAGUCACGGGACACCGAUCGUCAUAGGAAGAUCACCACUAAGAGCAGGGAGUCUUACUGGGAGCUGAUCAAGGGUCUCCUGGAUGCCUGGUCAGGAUGGGUGGUGAUGCUGCUCAUAGGAAUGCUGACAGGCACUCUGGCCGGGGUGAUAGACCUGGCCGUGGACUGGAUGACCGACCUGAAGGAGGGCGUGUGUCUGUCGGCGUUCUACUACAGCCAUGAGCAGUGCUGCUGGACGUCCAACGAGACCACCUUCGACGACCGGGACAAGUGCCCGCAGUGGCAGAAAUGGGCCGAGCUGAUGACCGGCAACUCCGAGGGUGCCGGAGCGUAUGUGUUGAAUUACUUCCUGUAUAUAUCGUGGGCCCUGUUGUUCUCCUUCCUGGCUGUGUCUUUAGUGAGAGUCUUUGCCCCUUACGCCUGUGGCUCAGGAAUUCCAGAGAUCAAGACCAUUCUGAGCGGGUUCAUCAUCCGCGGGUACCUGGGGAAGUGGACCCUGCUCAUCAAGACGGUCACCCUGGUUCUGGCUGUGUCGUCUGGCCUGAGCCUGGGGAAGGAGGGGCCCCUGGUCCACGUGGCCUGUUGCUGUGGGAACCUCUUCUGCUCCCUCUUCUCCAAAUACAGCAAGAACGAGGGCAAGCGCAGAGAGGUGUUGUCGGCUGCCGCUGCCGCUGGUGUGUCGGUUGCCUUUGGCGCUCCAAUUGGAGGAGUUCUCUUCAGCCUGGAGGAGGUGAGCUACUACUUCCCCCUGAAAACCCUCUGGCGUUCCUUCUUUGCCGCGCUGGUGGCGGCGUUCACCCUGCGCGCCAUCAACCCGUUCGGCAACAGCCGCCUGGUCCUGUUCUACGUGGAGUACCACACCCCCUGGUACAUGGCCGAGCUGGUCCCCUUCAUUCUCCUGGGGGUGUUCGGGGGCCUCUGGGGAACCCUCUUCAUCCGGGGGAACAUCGCCUGGUGUAGGAGGAGGAAGACCACGCUGCUGGGAAAAUACCCGGUCCUGGAGGUGAUCGUGAUAACGGGUAUUACGGCGGUCCUGGCGUUCCCUAACCCGUACACGCGACGCAGCACCAGUGAGCUCAUCUCGGAACUGUUCAACGACUGCGGCGCGCUGGAGUCCUCUCAGCUCUGCGACUACGUGAAUAAUCCCAACAUGAGCCGGCGGGUGGACGACAUCCCGGACCGGCCCGCCGGGCCCGGCGUCUACACCGCCCUGUGGCAGCUCGCCCUGGCCCUCGUCUUUAAAAUCGUCAUCACCAUCUUCACGUUUGGGAUGAAGAUCCCGUCCGGGCUCUUCAUUCCCAGCAUGGCGGUGGGCGCCAUCGCGGGGCGCAUCGUGGGCAUCGCCGUGGAGCAGAUGGCCUACCACCACCACGACUGGAUCAUCUUUAAGAACUGGUGCCGCCCCGGCGCCGACUGUGUCACCCCGGGCCUCUACGCCAUGGUCGGAGCGGCCGCCUGCCUGGGGGGUGUGACCAGGAUGACGGUGUCCCUGGUCGUUAUUAUGUUUGAACUGACCGGCGGGCUGGAGUACAUCGUUCCCCUCAUGGCCGCGGCGGUCACCAGUAAGUGGGUGGCGGACGCCUUCGGGAAGGAGGGCAUCUAUGAGUCCCACAUCCAGCUGAACGGUUACCCCUACCUGGACGUCCGGGACGAGUUCACGCACAGGACCCUGGCCACGGAUGUGAUGCGUCCCCGGCGAAGUGAGCCGCCCCUGGCAGUGCUGACCCAGGACAGCACCACGGUGGAGGACGUGGAGGCCCUCAUCAAGGACACGGACUACAACGGCUUCCCCGUGGUCGUGUCGCGGGAGUCAGAGCGGCUCAUUGGCUUCGUCCAGCGCCGGGACCUCACCCUGGCUAUCAAGACGGCCCGUCAGAAGCAGGACGGCGUGGUGAGCAGCUCCGUGGUCUACUUCACGGAGGACACCCCCCAGGCGGCCGAGGCCUGCGACCCGCAGCCCCUGAAGCUACGGCGCAUCCUCAACCUCAGCCCCUUCACCGUCACUGACCACACCCCCAUGGAGACCGUGGUGGACAUCUUCAGGAAGCUGGGCCUCCGACAGUGUCUGGUCACCAGGAGCGGGCGUCUGUUGGGCAUCAUCACUAAGAAGGAUGUCCUUCGUCACAUGGCUCAGAUGAUGAACCAGGACCCAGAAUCCAUCAUGUUUAACUAGUGGCCCCAGAAGAUGUCCCCCCCCCCCCCCCCGGAACCUCCAUCAACCCUCCACUCCCUCGGACUGUGUAAAUAGAGCGACGCUCCUCGUAACCGGCCCCUGAGGCGUUAGGAAUGGAGGGAUAUAGGAAGCCUGGGUUCUGGAGCAGAAUGUGUUGGACUAACACAGGUGUUUGUGGACCCCCAAGUACUGAUGAAGAGGGUUGGAUGAAGGGACGGGGGUGUGUCUGGGCCCCCUCACUUAUAGACCACAUUGAUAUUAUUACGAUCAGUGGGCCCUGGCAAGCCUGGGCCCCGCAAAUCAUAGCUACCUUUACCCGCAUUAGCCACUACCAUGCUGCUGACACCAACAUUUAUGAUUUUAGGGAAGCUUCAAUCCUUGGUGUGCCUGACUACAGUUGAAAGUGGCAGGGUUGAGGCUGUGGCGAAUUACAAUUCAUACCAAGGCUAUGAAUUAUGUUAAUGACUUGUUUCUUCUCAAGAUGAUCUGAAUGGAACUGUAAUAGCAGGGUUUUAAUACUUUAGGUUUGGCCCUGUGUUUAUUUCAUUAACUUAAUCUAGGGUGUUUUACUUUGAAGGGAAGAAUGCGGUUAGGAGGAACAGAGCCUGCAAGUCCAAUGUUUUCCCUGUUACUUUAUAGUUUUCACUCCAUGCUGUCACUUGAUUUCUACAUUUUGUUAUGCCCAGGGAAAGCAUUGUGGUAAAUAACUCCAUUGUUGAGUACUCCAAUCGUACACAAAUGGCUUAUUGCCAUAUUUUGUCAGUAGCCUUGGCAUCCCUCAACAAUAUUUAUAUUUUCAACUUUUCAAGAGUUUCAAGUUUCAGUUUCAAGAGAUCCUCUGUGGUUUGUGUGGAUUUAGUUCAUCUCUUUGCGACCAAGAAUAAUUCCUGUGCUGUUUCAUAUAUUUUUUUUAAAUCAAUCCAUGCUUUAGUGAAACUAUUGAUUGUCAUUAUCUUGGAAAUUUAACACUACUGUUGUUGUUGGUAUUUAUUAUUCUAAUAUGUUAGAAUGUUUUUCAACAUUACUGUAACUUGGAACUGGUACAGAAAACUGACAUUUGCACUUUUAUUGGUUUUGUGUUUGUAAAUAAUGUCUAAGCGAUGCACAACAUACUGUUUGAAAUGUACACAGUUCUGACAUUCAAUAAAAGGGACAUUGUGUCAGCAAGGA